AUGGGUGACAUGACAAACAGCGAUUUCUAUACCAAGAACCAAAGAAACGAGGCCAACCAUGCAGGAGAGUUUGGGUGCUCGCUGGAGGAGCUGCGCUCCCUCAUGGAACUCAGAGGAACAGAAGCAGUAGUAAAAAUUAAGGAGACAUAUGGGGACACAGAGGGCCUCUGCAGGCAUUUAAAGACAUCACCAACAGAAGGAUUACCUGGCACUGCUGCGGAUCUAGAAAAAAGAAAGCUUAUUUUUGGGCAAAACUUUAUACCUCCAAAGAAGCCAAAAACUUUCUUACAGCUAGUUUGGGAAGCACUACAGGAUGUGACUCUUAUAAUCUUGGAAAUUGCAGCCAUCAUAUCUCUGGGGCUCUCAUUUUAUCAGCCGCCUGGAGAAGGGAAUGAAGGUUGUGCUACUGUAUCAGGAGGAGCUGAAGAUGAAGGUGAGGCAGAAGCUGGCUGGAUUGAAGGUGCCGCUAUUCUACUCUCUGUUGUUUGUGUUGUACUCGUCACUGCCUUUAAUGACUGGAGCAAGGAGAAGCAAUUUCGUGGGCUUCAAAGUCGUAUUGAGCAGGAACAGAAAUUUACUGUGGUCCGAGGUGCACAAGUUAUUCAAAUCCCAGUGGCAGAGAUAGUAGUUGGUGACAUUGCACAGGUUAAAUAUGGUGAUCUCCUGCCCUCUGAUGGGAUUUUCAUUCAAGGAAAUGACCUUAAAAUUGACGAAAGUUCUUUAACUGGAGAGUCAGAUCAAGUCCGCAAAUCUGUUGACAAGGACCCUAUGCUGCUAUCGGGUACCCAUGUCAUGGAGGGCUCUGGGCGAAUGCUCGUAACCGCUGUGGGAGUGAAUUCUCAGACAGGCAUCAUCUUUACUCUAUUAGGGGCUGGUGGAGAAGAGGAGGAAAAGAAAGAUAAGAAAGUAGAUUCUUCCCAUCCCUCCUCCCACCCUCCUUCAGCUACAGAUGGUGCAGCAGGUGCAAAUGCCACUGAUAAUGCAAAUGCCAGCUUAGUCAAUGGCAAAAUGCAGGAUGGGAAUAUGGAGAACAGCCAGAAUAAAGCCAAGCAACAGGAUGGUGCUGCUGCCAUGGAGAUGCAGCCACUGAAGAGUGCAGAAGGAGGAGAAGGAGAUGAAAAAGAAAAGAAGAAGUCUAGCAUGCACAAGAAAGAGAAAUCUGUCCUCCAGGGAAAGCUGACCAAACUAGCCGUCCAAAUAGGCAAAGCAGGUUUGGUGAUGUCUGCCAUUACUGUAAUAAUUUUGGUACUGUACUUCGCUGUUGACACUUUUGUUGUCAACAAGAAGCAGUGGUUGCCUGAGUGCACUCCUGUUUAUGUUCAAUAUUUUGUCAAGUUCUUCAUCAUCGGUGUUACUGUGCUCGUGGUUGCUGUUCCUGAAGGACUUCCACUUGCUGUCACUAUUUCUCUGGCUUAUUCUGUUAAGAAAAUGAUGAAGGAUAACAAUCUGGUCCGCCACUUAGAUGCUUGUGAGACUAUGGGUAAUGCUACGGCCAUCUGCUCUGACAAAACAGGGACACUUACAACCAACAGGAUGACAGUAGUACAAGCCUACAUUGGUGAUGCCCACUACAAAGAGAUCCCUGACCCAGAUUCUAUACCAAGCAAAACCCUCGAUUUGUUGGUUAAUGCAAUUGCCAUCAACAGUGCUUAUACUACAAACAUUCUGCCACCAGAAAAGGAAGGUGGCCUGCCUCGUCAGGUUGGCAACAAGACAGAAUGUGGCCUAUUGGGGUUUGUCCUGCAACUGAAGCAAGAUUACCAGCCUGUUCGGAAUCUAAUCCCUGAGGAGAAACUCUACAAAGUAUACACGUUUAACUCCGUGAGAAAGUCAAUGAGCACUGUCGUUAAAAUGCCAGAUGGCAGUUUCCGAAUGUACAGCAAAGGUGCUUCUGAAAUUGUUCUGAAGAAGUGUUCUAGAAUCGUUAAUGCAGCAGGUGAGAUUCGUGUCUUCAGACCCCGUGACCGGGAUGAGAUGGUGAAGAAAGUGAUUGAACCUAUGGCCUGCGAUGGACUGAGAACUAUUUGCAUCGCAUACCGGGACUUCAGCAGCAACCCAGAACCAGACUGGGACAGUGAAAAUGACAUUUUAACUGACCUAACCUGCAUUUGUGUAGUUGGUAUUGAAGAUCCAGUAAGGCCUGAGGUCCCAGAAGCCAUAAGAAAGUGCCAGCGAGCUGGAAUUACAGUCCGCAUGGUCACUGGGGACAACAUCAAUACAGCUCGUGCCAUCGCAAUAAAGUGUGGAAUUAUUCAUCCAGGAGAAGACUUUCUCUGCAUAGAGGGAAAGGAGUUUAACAGGAGGAUCCGAAAUGAGAAGGGAGAGAUUGAGCAAGAACGUAUUGACAAGAUCUGGCCAAAACUACGAGUACUUGCUCGCUCAUCUCCCACAGACAAACACACUUUGGUGAAAGGUAUUAUUGACAGCACGCAGGUGGAGCAGAGGCAGGUUGUUGCAGUGACUGGUGAUGGAACCAAUGAUGGACCGGCACUUAAAAAAGCCGAUGUUGGCUUUGCAAUGGGUAUUGCGGGUACUGAUGUUGCAAAGGAAGCCUCAGAUAUUAUCUUGACGGAUGAUAAUUUCAGUAGCAUUGUGAAGGCUGUAAUGUGGGGCCGUAAUGUCUAUGAUAGCAUCUCCAAGUUCCUACAGUUCCAACUUACUGUUAACGUUGUGGCUGUGAUUGUGGCUUUCACUGGGGCAUGUAUUACACAGGACUCUCCACUGAAAGCUGUGCAGAUGCUGUGGGUCAAUCUAAUUAUGGACACCUUUGCUUCUCUUGCUCUGGCCACUGAACCCCCUACAGAGUCUCUACUGCUAAGGAGACCAUAUGGCAGAAACAAGCCUCUUAUAUCACGUACCAUGAUGAAGAACAUUCUGGGCCAUGCUGUCUACCAGCUAACUCUCAUUUUUACGCUUCUCUUCGUUGGUGAAAAAAUGUUUAAGAUUGACAGUGGUCGGAAUGCACCACUCCACUCUCCUCCUUCUGAGCACUACACCAUUAUCUUCAAUACCUUCGUCAUGAUGCAGCUAUUCAAUGAAAUCAACGCACGCAAAAUCCACGGCGAGAGGAAUGUUUUUGAUGGCAUUUUUAGAAACCCUAUAUUUUGCACUAUUGUACUGGGUACAUUUGCUGUACAGAUAGUAAUUGUGCAGUUUGGUGGGAAACCUUUCAGCUGCUCUCCUCUGCAGCUUGACCAGUGGAUGUGGUGUGUAUUUAUUGGACUAGGAGAACUUGUCUGGGGUCAGGUCAUUGCAACCAUCCCAACAAGUAGGCUAAAGUUUUUAAAGGAAGCAGGGCGGCUCACUGAAAAAGAGGAAGUACCUGAAGAAGACCUGAAUGAAGAUGUUGAAGAAAUUGACCAUGCAGAGAGAGAACUUCGACGUGGACAAAUUCUCUGGUUCAGAGGGCUCAACAGAAUCCAAACUCAGAUCGAAGUAGUCAAUACUUUCAAGAGUGGCACUUCCUUUCAGGGGGCUCUAAGGAGACAGUCCUCCGUCACAAGCCAGAACCAGGAUAUCCGCGUCGUGAAGGCAUUCCGUAGCUCUCUCUAUGAAGGGUUAGAAAAACCAGAAUCUAGAACCUCCAUUCACAACUUUAUGACUCAUCCUGAAUUUAGGAUAGAAGAUUCCCAACCCCACAUCCCACUCAUUGAUGACACAGACCUAGAAGAAGACCCUGCUCUCAAGCUAAACUCUAGCCCACCGUCUUCGCUGAACAAGAACAACAGUGCUAUCGACAGUGGAAUAAAUCUUACAACUGACACAAGUAAAUCAGCUACCUCUUCUAGUCCAGGAAGCCCAAUACAUAGCCUGGAGACAUCACUUUAG